AUGAACCCAGUCACCACGGAGCACCAUGUGUCCAGCUCGGACGACCACCAGGGUCUCGGCCCCGAGUACGAGAAGUACGACCGCGAGAAGGGGGAUGACGGCCACGCCGUUGUUAUCGCAGCCCCCGACGAUGUCGAGGGUAUCAUCGCAGCCGAACACCAGUUCACAGACAAGGAGUACAAGCGCCUGCUUCGCAAGAUUGACAUGAUCAUCAUGCCUCUCCUCAUGAUCAGUUACGGUCUACAAUACGUAGACAAGACGUCGUUGUCCUACGGUGUGGUGUUCGGCCUGAAGAAGGAUACGAAUCUCGUUGGACAGCAAUAUCAACUUCUGUCCGCUUGGUUUUACCUGGCGUACGCAUGCGCCCAGCUACCCAUGGGUUACCUUCUUCAACGUUUCCCCCUAGGCCGCGGACUUGGUGUCUGCCUCGUCCUCUGGGGUGCCAUGGUCAUGCUCCUCGGCGCUUGCCACAACUACGCCGAGCUUAGCGUCGUUCGUGUCCUACUUGGGUGGUUCGAAAGCGUGAUCACCCCUUGCUUUGCCAUUCUCACAUCUUCCUGGUACCUGCGUAAGGAACAAACGCUGCGCCAGAACAUGUACUACGCCAUGAACCAGUGCUUCAGCUUGAUCUUUGGUAUUGCCAUCUACGAACUGGCCCUCAACGCUGAGAGGCACGGCGGCCUGGCCGCGUGGCGUGUGAUCAACCUCUUCCUCGGAGGAGUCACCGUCGGUGUUGGCUUCAUCUUCCUCGUCUUUGUCGGCACUCCGACCGAAGUCUGGUGGCUCACAAAGCGUGAGAAGCUCAUGGCCCAUGCCCGUAUUGUCUCCAACUCCACCGGUGGCGGUGAACAGCACCCGUGGCGGUGGGAUCAGGUCAAGGACUGCCUUCGCGACCCCCAGUACUGGCACGCUAUUGCGUACAACUUUUUGGCCUGUAUUCCCAACGGUGCCGUCACUACGUUCCAGACACUCAUCAUGGCGUCCUUUGGGUUCAACUCGCUCCAGACAGUUCUGUACCAGCUGCCUGGAAACGCCGUCACCCUCGUCAUCCUCGUCGCCACCGCCGUCACCGUUCACUACAAACCCAAGACCCGUUUCGCUUUCUGCUUGCUCUACCAGUUCGUCUGCGUUUUCAUCUUCUUCUUCGAGGGCUUUGCACCGACAUCCAUGAGCAAAUGGGCCAAGUGGGGUGUUUUCCUGCCGAUUGCGACGUUCUCCAUCACAUCGUUCUUGCUUUGGCCCCUCAUGUCCGUCAACAUCGCCGGCCGUACCAAGAAGUCGUUCUACGGCGCCACGACCUUCUUCGCCUACUGUGCUGGUAACAUUGUCGGUUCGCAGAUCUUCCUCCCCAAGGACGCGCCGCGCUACAUCCCCGGCCUGGUGUCGUGUGCCGCGAUUAUGCUCCUCAACUGUGUCAACCUCGUGGGCUGGUGGCACUACUACGUCCGCACCAACCGUAAGCGCGAAGCGGCCUUCGUGGUCAGUGGUCUCACUGAGGAGGAGCGCGAACACGCCAACCGUGUGGCCGGCGAGACCGACAUUACCGAUUGCCAGAAUCCACACUUCCGUUACUCCUGUUAG